UUGAUCUGACUGCUAUGAACAGCUGUGAAUUCGUAACCUAAACCUUCAGUCUCCUGCAGUGUCUUCACGCGCUUUCUCGUUCUUCUCUUAUAAUUACGACGGCAACCCCACGGGGUCGGGAGGGUAACAAAGAAUGAAGAACGUGAAGAGUAUAAGGAAAAUAGCGUUUAAUCUAACUGCUCUAACUAGCGUGGGUCUGGGAGGCUGGUGUUUGGGCAAGUACUCCGAACAGAGGCGAUACUCGAGAGACAAUGAAACGAGUUUGUUGUCAGCAACGCGAAUCCGGAACAUGCCGGGUUUGCCUUUAUUCGGAACGGUUUCGGCGGCCACCCCCUUGACACCUGCGGAAAGCAACUAUGAUAUGGGCUCCAAAAUGUCCUCGACCGCCACGAGAGUGUCGCAGAUUAUGAAAUUUGGUUUUCCCGGAUUGGAUCAUGUCAGGUCGUACGAGGAUUUUGUGCUCUCUUACGACAGGCGAAACAGAGUUGCUCAUUGGGUGUUUGAGCACUUUACCAAGGAGAGAUUGCAGAAUAACAACGAAGUGGAUCGCUCAAAGUGCGAGUUCAAACCUGAUCAGAGCAUACAUCCUUUUUUCAGAUCAGAGAAUUCAGACUACAAGGGAAGCGGCUAUGAUCGCGGUCAUUUGGCGGCGGCUGGAAAUCACAAAGUGGACCAGAAACACAUAGAGCAAACCUUCUUUCUUACCAAUAUGGCACCACAGGUUGGAAAAGGUUUCAACAGAGAUUCCUGGAACAGAUUGGAGAAAUACGUUCGAAAAUUGACUAGUAUCUACAAGGACGUUUACGUGUGCACGGGACCAUUGUAUCUUCCCAAAAGGGAAGCGAAUGGAAAAAAAUAUGUGCGUUAUGAAGUGAUAGGCGCAAAUCAUGUAGCGGUGCCUACACAUUUUUACAAGGUGAUCGUCGGCGAAACCAGUGACGGCAAAUAUGAAAUGGAAGCUUUUGUGAUGCCAAAUACACCGAUUGACGAUAAUGCACCGCUCACUAAUUUCCAGGUACCACCAGACAGCAUCGAGCGCGCUGCCGGACUUUUAUUUUUCGACAAAAUUGCGCGAAAUAAAUUAAGCAAAGUGAACGGCAAGAAUAUAGGUUAAAUUUGACGAUUGCUCAAUUUACUUCAUUAUCUUUUCUUAAUUGGCCGAUAGAAAAGUUUAAGUUAAGUUAAUUUUCAGAUUGUCAUUAAGUUGAUUUUCAGAUUCAAAAGAAUUUUAAUUUCUGACAUAUCAUAUGUUUAAAUCUAGUCGAUUUUGUUUUAAUUCAUUGUACACAUAAUUUUUAGAAGUUUUAUCAAUCACAAUAUUAUAUAUAUUACUCAAUACAUA